ACCAGGACCACUGUCAUGAGGUGGAAGACCGUGUCAGCCAUCUUCUUCCUGGUGGUGCUCUACCUCAUCAUCGGGGCGACGGUGUUCAGGGCGCUGGAACAGCCGCACGAGAGUUCCCAGAAACUCGCCAUACUUGCCGAAAAACUGGACUUCUUGGCUGUGCAUGCCUGCGUCAAUUCCUCUGAGCUGGAGGACCUGGUUAAGCAAGUGGUCUCAGCAGUCCGAGCAGGCAUAAACCCAUCAGGAAAUGCAUCCAAUCAAACAAGCUUAUGGGACCUUAGCUCCUCCUUUUUCUUUGCCGGCACUGUCAUCACCACCAUUGGCUUUGGGAACAUCUCUCCUCACACGGAGGGUGGGCGCAUCUUCUGUAUUAUCUAUGCUCUCCUGGGGAUUCCUCUCUUUGGAUUCUUGCUAGCUGGUGUCGGGGACCAGUUGGGGACCAUCUUUGGGAAAGGUAUCGCCAAAGUAGAGAAGAUGAUUGUGAAAUGGAAAGUCAGCCAGACGAAGAUACGAGUCAUCUCCACGGUGCUCUUCAUCCUCUUCGGCUGCGUUAUAUUCGUGGCGCUGCCAGCCGUCAUCUUCAAGCACAUCGAGGGCUGGAGCACGCUCGAGUCAAUCUACUUUGUCGUCAUUACUCUUACCACCAUUGGCUUUGGAGACUUUGUAGCCGGUGGGUCAGAGAGUCUGGAGUACCUGGACUAUUACAAGCCUGUGGUGUGGUUCUGGAUCCUGGUGGGCCUGGCUUACUUUGCUGCUGUGCUCAGUAUGAUCGGAGACUGGUUUCGGGUCAUUUCCAAGAAAACCAAGGAGGAGGUCGGGGAGUUCCGGGCUCACGCAGCAGAGUGGACCGCCAACGUGUCGGCCGAGUUCAAAGAGACCCGGCGGCGGCUCAGCGUGGAUAUUUAUGACAAGUUCCAGCGUGCUGCGUCCAUCAAGCGGAAGCUGUCAUCUGAGCUGGGUAUUAAUGCAACCAUCAACCAGGAGAUGACCCCCGGCAAGAGGACGCUGUCAGUCAACCUGGGGGAGGAGAAGGAGGCUUACCCCAACCUGGCUCUUUCCCUAACCCCUGUACCGGGGGCCCUGGCCAGGAACGGCAGCCUCUAUCUGAACGGCCUCAGCCCAGACUACGCUGACCGGAGAGAGAUAGCUGUCAUUGAAACUCUCAAGUGA